GCUUAGUUGCUGCUCAGGCGUCCGUGUCGUGCGGGUGUCUGCGGCGGCCCCGCGUCUCCCGCCCGACCCACGAGGACCGUAGCUGCCGAGCGCCGGACGGAGCCGCGUCUCCCGCGAGCGAGGGCCUGUCCGGGGCGUUAGGGUCUCGGCGCAAGCCGCUGCGCAGCCAUGAGCUACGGCCGCCCGCCUCCCGAUGUGGAGGGCAUGACCUCCCUCAAGGUGGACAACCUGACCUACCGCACCUCGCCCGACACCCUGAGGCGCGUCUUCGAGAAGUACGGGCGCGUCGGCGACGUGUACAUCCCGCGGGACCGCUACACCAAGGAGUCCCGCGGCUUCGCUUUCGUCCGAUUCCACGACAAGCGCGACGCCGAGGACGCCAUGGACGCCAUGGAUGGGGCCGUGCUCGACGGCCGCGAGCUGCGGGUGCAGAUGGCGCGCUACGGCCGCCCGCCCGACUCGCACCACAGCCGCCGGGGCCCGCCACCCCGUCGGUACGGCGGCGGCGGUUACGGGCGGCGGAGCCGCAGCCCUCGGCGACGCCGGCGCAGCCGAUCUCGAAGCCGGAGCCGGUCCAGGUCGCGAAGCCGCUCCCGUUACAGCCGCUCCAAGUCUCGGUCCCGCACUCGCUCGCGCUCCAGAUCGACCUCCAAGUCCAGAUCUGCCCGGAGAUCCAAGUCCAAGUCCUCCUCGGUCUCCAGAUCCCGCUCGCGCUCCAGGUCCAGGUCGAGAUCCAGAAGCCCUCCGCCCGUGUCGAAGCGAGAGUCCAAGUCUAGGUCGCGGUCCAAGAGCCCACCCAAGUCUCCAGAAGAAGAGGGAGCAGUUUCUUCCUAAGAAAAUGAUGAAUCGGCAAGCAGCUUAACAGAGGACAUUGGGGGAAAGGACCACAAACUCAGUCCAUCUGUCCAUGGAAGAGUCCUUGGAACAAGCAACUGGCUAUUGAAAAGGUUAUUUUGUAACAUUUGUCUAACUUUUUACUUGUUUUAAUCUGCCUCAGGUGGCAAACUCCAUUUUAUGUGCCAUUUUGUUGCUGUUAUUCAAAUUUCUUGUAAUUUAGUGAGGUGAGCGACUUCAGAUUUCAUUAUUGGAUUGGAUAUUUGAGGUAAAAUUUCAUUUUUGUUUAUAGUGCUGACUUUUUUGUUUGAAAUUAAACAGAUUGAUAACCUAAUUUGUGGCCUCCUGACUUAAUAAGGAAACAUGUACAGCCAUUACAUACAGCCUAAAGCUGUCAGCAGAUUGACUCAACAUUGCCUUCACUCCUUAAAAAUUAAAAACCUAUGAAAGUUGGUAUAAUUUGUUCAUAUAUGUUAUUUACCUUCAGGUCUAUAUGAUAAUCUGAACCCAAAUUUGUAUAAAGACUUUUCAGGUGAAAAGAAUUUUUUUUUUUUUAAAGAUUGUUUACCCAACACAAUUCUAAUCUCUUCUCUUAUGUAUUUUUGUGCACUAGGCGCAGUUGUGUAGCAGUUGAGUAAUGCUGGUUAGCUGUUAAGGUGGCGUGUUGCAGUGCAGAGUGCUUGGCUGUUUCCUGUUUUCUCCUGAUUGCUCCUGUGUAAAGAUGCCUUGUCGUGCAGAAACAAAUGGCUGUCCAGUUUAUUAAAAUGCCUGACAACUGCACUUCCAGUCACCCGGGCCUUGCAUAUAAAUAAUGGAGCAUACAGUGAGCACAUCUAGCUGAUGAUAAAUACACCCCCCUUCCCUCAAAAAAAAAUGCAAAAUGGUAAAUCUGAUCAUCCUUGUUUUGUGAACUUUAAAUCAGAAAAUGUUAAGGAAGCAAAUGGUUUGUAACUUUGUAAGUACUUAAGACAUGGUGUAUCUUUUGCUUAUGAAUAUUCUGUACUAUAACCAUUGUUUCUGUAGUUUGAUUAAAGUGUUUUCUUGGUGUUAGCUUUUUU